GACUUCUCGUCCCAUACCAUUUUCAUUUCCAUCUCCACAGAUCCUGACAAACGAGUCUGGUAUUCAAUCCCAAUGUGACAAAGCAAGAUGACCGUGAAUGUAGUCUCGUUGGUGUGUUGGAUUGCGUUGAUUUUAGUGCGUCUGUAUUUCCUGGAUGCUGCCCCAGCUGAGCGAAAUUUCAACGACUGGCAGGAAACACAUACUCCAUGGGGCCGCAUGCUCGCGAUGAUGAGUGAAUUUCGAGGUAUGCAGUGUCAACGUGGUUUUUACAACCUCUCGUAUGCCGUUACCGACUCUGUAUUCCAUUGUGCAAAUCUGAAGCGUCCAAAGAAAUCCCGGAGACAUUUUGGAGACGAAUUGGUGGAUUGGGAAGGAGAAUCGCCAAUGCUUUGUUUCAAGACGUGCGUAAUGAGGGAGUCUGGUGCUAUGAAUGACGAUAACACGGGAAUUGAUAAGGAGAGGACACAUCACAUGUUUUUUGAAGGGAUGAGGAAACCUGGGGGUCACAUGACAGUGGACGUCAUGACGGAAGAGUUACUAGCAUGUGACCAAAAAUAUCCUACCAUAUUUCCUCGGUAUUACAGAAAUUGUACAAACACGGAAAAUAUCUUCAGAUGCUAUGGAAAAGUGUUAAAUAAUUGUGACAGAAUAGGAGAAAUGAACUUCAGUGAUGAUGUCAAUGAGAAUAUCAAAAUGGACUAUGAAUAACUUCACUGCAAAAUCGUAUUCUUUGAGAUCCAGUUCCAGUUACUCAAAGUGUAAACUAAACUAAAGCAAUAAUAAAUAAAUAAAUAAAAUAAUAAAAUAAUAAUUUAUAUGAAUAAAGUUUAUAAGUACUACUAAAAGUAUAAGUAUGUACUUAUGUACAUAACACCCAACGGGAGUUGCAUUUUAAUGAGGUUGUUUUGAAUGAAAGUUGGAUAAUGGAGUUGCAUUGUAGGUAAUUAUUAUCUGUCGGUACAUAUAUGUUGAUAGUGGAUUAUAAAUUUUUGUAUGUUUUUGUUAGGCGAUGUUUAACAUUAAAGUCUAAACGGUCGAAAGAAUUAAUAAUUAAACAAAUAUAAGUAUAAUUGAUAAAAAAUACUAUUGGGAGACAAAUGAUAGUCAAAAUGUUUGCAUAUGUACAUAUGUGCAAUAAGCGUGAUAGGCA